UCCUAGGACCUCGGAAUGCGAGCCAUGACCCGGCUUUUCUGGGCUUCCUGUCUUUUCCCGUGGCUCCUGGUGGGCUCCAUCCAGCCGAACCCAAACCAGAAGACAAAGACGGAGUGCUAUGAAGGGGUGACAGGCACCAUCUAUGAGUACGGAGCCCUCAUGAUCGAUGAGGAGGAAUAUGUCCCGUUUAAGCAGUACAAGGGCAAGCACCUGCUCUUUGUCAACGUGGCCACCUACUGAGGCCUGACAGCUCAGUAUCCUGAACUGAAUGCACUCCAAGAGGAACUGAAGUCUUCUGGCCUCGUUGUGUUGGGCUUUCCUUGCAACCAAUUUGGAAAACAAGAACCGGGAAAGAACUCGGAGAUCCUUAAUGGACUCAAGUAUGUGCGCCCAGGGGGUGGCUUUGUCCCCAAUUUCCAGCUCUUUGAAAAAGGAGAUGUGAAUGGAGAAAAAGAACAGAAAGUUUAUACUUUCUUAAAGAAUUCCUGCCCUCCUCCCUCUGAGAUUUUGGGUUCAUCAAGUCAACUUUUUUGGGAACCCCUAAAGGUCCAUGACAUCCGCUGGAACUUUGAGAAGUUCCUGGUGGGCCCUGAUGGAGUCCCUGUCAUGCGCUGGUAUCACCGGGCUCCCGUCAGCGCAGUCAGGGCAGACAUCCUUGAGUACCUGAAGCAGUUCGAAGACCAGUAGCAAAAGCCAGAGAGUUGCAACCGGCUUCCACCUGAAGGACUUGCUAGGAAUUCAUUUUACCACACAUGCCUUGUAACUCUGUCUGCAUAUGACCAAACCAUCUUGUACUACCAAAGCACCCAUGUAGGUGUUUGAAGAAUUAAGGGUGGGAAACAUAUUUCCCCAACUCUCUCUUCACAAAUUAUCCAUCUUUCUUUUGACCUCUUCCAAAAGACAGUCCUCCUUUGAGGUGGAUGACUCAGAUCGCCCGCUCCCACGCCCACCCCAACUGAAACAAACGGCUGUCAUAGUGCCCAAUGCAACUCAUGCCGGACUACACGACAGGGCAGAACUGCUCCAUGGAGUCCCAAGUCUGUAACUCAUCACUGGAGCUGGCGGCUACCUCCUCCCAGCACAGAGCAGCUGGUGGGUCCAAACCACCGAGCACUUUUCAGACGACCGCAUGAUUCCACAAAGGCCAGACUCAGACAGCUGACGUCUAUCCUUACCCCAUCCUGAAGGCUUACAGGAAACAGGAGCUGGUAGCAAGAUGGUCUAGGUCGGCUUCAUAGAAAUUAGUCAUGCACUGUGACGCUCCUCUUUUCUCUUCAUCCCCGAUACCCAGCAGUCCUCCUAUAGAACCUCUGAAGGCAGAGUGAGAGCAGAAACCUCACCUCACAUGAAUGGAGGGGCAUAUCCAUGAUGGUGGGUCCCAAAGCCUCUCUAGGUCGGACCCUAUCAGAAUCUUCCCUGGUGCCUGUCCCUUAGUGCAUUCAGGUCAUGGCACCUAGGCAGGGAUGUCCCUUUACUCUGGAUGGUGGGCUGUCUCCUCUCACCCUGGAUCUCUCCAACUUUGGAGCCAGUCUUAUCACUGUCUCAAAUAAUAAUACACCUGCCACAGCUGGGAGCAGUGUGCUGUUUUCCUAACCCCAUGUUAACACCUGGAGUCAUACUCCUUCUGCUUUUGCUUUGUCCUUCAUCUCUUGACCACGUAACUUAGUCAGUUUUCAUUUUGUCGUUCUCAAAAGAUCUUUAGUGUCCUAUUUCGUCCACUCAAAAGCAGUAGCCAGUAUCACUGGCUGGGCCUGGGUGCUCAUAGCACUGCUGGGACAGUGAGUACAGACCUCUUAGAAUUAAGACCCAUCUAUAACUUCUCACGCGGGUCUCCUGAAAUGGCUCUACAGGAGGAGAAUCCUUAGCUCUGAAAGGAUCUUCUUAUUCUCAACAAAAGCACACAUCUCUGUUUAUUAAAUUAAUUAAUCCUUACUGCUAAAAUCAGAAAACACACAAAGCUAGAAACAUUUAAAAAUAAUUUCCUUA